AUGUUGUGGACAGAUUCUACAAUUGUGUUGGCAUGGCUUCAACGGUCGCCUGAUCAACUCAAGACUUCUAUCAGCAAUCGAGUUAAAAUAAUACAAGAACUCACUAAGAACUGUCAUUGGAAUCAUGUUGCAUCUGAUAAAAAUCCUGCAGAUGUCCUCUCUCGUGGUCUGAAUGCUUUGGAAAUUUCCUCCCAUGAACUCUGGAAACCACCAGAUUUUUUGAAACAAGAACUGAAUAUUGUUCCAAUAGAUUUUGAAAAACUCUCUUCGGACAGUGAAUUUUUACAGGAACUCAAACCCCUUGCCAAAAUACUUAUAACUUCUUAUAAACUUGAUUUAAUUGACAAUAUUUUAAAUCGUAGCAAUAAUUAUACUAAAAUUUCGAAUGUUUUAAGUUAUGCUUUCAGAUUCAUAUUCAACUGUACAAAUCCAGGUAACAAAAGAUUUGGUAAGUUAUCCUCUAAUGAACUAAAUGAGACGGAGUCCUUUUUAGUUGGAAAUGUACAAGCAUCUGCUUUUAAGGAGGAAAUAAAGGCCAUUUCCAAGGGCAGGGCUUUUUCAGGUAAGAGUAAACUUAACUCUUUAAAUCCUUUUCUUGGUGGUCAUCAAAUUGUCCGAGUCGGUGGUCGUUUACAUAAUGCUGCUCGGGAUUAUUCUCAAAGGCAUCCAGCUAUACUUCCUGCAAACCAUCCUUUCACUAAAUUGUUAAUGACUCAUUUGCAUAUCAAAAAUCUCCAUUUAGGACCUCAAGCGUUAUUAUAUUGCACUAGAGAAAGGUUUUGGCCACUUCGUAGUCGAUCGAUAGCUAGGAAAAUUGUACAUAAAUGCAUAGUUUGUUUUAAACAUAAACCCCUUGUUUCAAAUCAACUUAUGGGAACCUUGCCUCGAGAAAGAGUAAACCCUAAAUAUCCUUUUUUGCACUCUGGUGUUGAUUAUUGCUGCUCUUUUCAAAUUAAAUAUAAACACCAUAGAAAAGGAAAUUUCCAACGGAUUUAUGUUGCAAUAUUUGUGUGUUUAGCCUCGAAGGCGAUUCACUUAGAAGUGGUUUCCGAUUUAACAACUGAUGCCUUUCUUGCUACCUUAAAGCGUUUUGCGGCUAGGCGCGGCAAAUGUGCUACAAUAUCAUCUGCUAAUGCAAAAAGCUUUGUUGGGGCUAGUAGGGAAUUGCAGCGAUUGCAGAAUUUAACUAGAUUUCCUGACGAUAAACUAACAUCCUAUUUGGCAUCCGAAGAGAUAGUUUGGAAUUUUAUUCCUCCCGGAGCUACAAAUUUCGGGGGCCUCUGGGAGGCAGGGGUCAAAUCCUUUUAG